AUGAGUGAUUCAACCGGAAUGAUUAUUUCAUCAAAUUCAAUACAAAAUUCUGAACGUAAAUCAUCAUUUUUUCACUGCAGUCCAGAUCAUUGUUCAGUAUCACUAGCAGCCAUUAAUAGAAUGAGAAAAAAUAAUCAGUUAUGCGAUGUUGUUUUAAGAACUGGAGAAAAUUUAUUACCGGCUCAUAAAGUAGUCUUAUCGUCUGCAAGUCCUUAUUUUCAUGCAAUGUUCAAUGAUGAUUUAGCAGAAAAAUUAAAAACUGAAAUUACAAUUCAAGACAUUGAUGCAUCCGCUUUGAAAAUAUUAGUUGAUUUUUCUUACACGGGUCAAGUAACAAUCACAGAAGAAAAUGUUCAAGUUUUACUACCAGCCUCAAGCAUAUUACAAAUGCUGUCGGUUAGAGAAGCUUGUUGUAAAUUUUUAAUGAGACAACUACAUCCUACCAAUUGUUUGGGAAUUAAAAGUUUUGCUGAUGCACAUUCUUGUAAGGAAUUAUUGAAACAAUCACAGAGAUUUGCUCUUCAUCAUUUUCAAGAUGUCGUGUCAACAGAAGAAUUCAUGUUACUGCCAUUUAACGAAAUAAAAGAUCUCAUAUCGAAUACUCAGCUGAAUAUAACAUCCGAAGAAAAAGUUUUUUUAGCCGUUUUAAGUUGGGUACGACACGAUUUGAGUUCAAGAGAAAAAUAUAUAUCAGAACUCAUGAAACACGUUCGACUUCCUUUGAUGUCAAGAAAUUUUCUUUUAUCACACGUAGAUUCAGAAAUUUUAAUUCGAGAAAAUUCUGAAUGUAAAGAACUUUUGUUGGAAGCCAUGAGAUACCAUCUUUCACCUGAACAAAGAUCUGCAUUUGCCAGCGAAAGAACGAUUCUUCGAAAACCUGAAGGACUCAAACCUUAUUUGUUUGCUGUCGGUGGUGGAAGCCUAUUUGCUAUACAUAGUGAAUGUGAAGUAUUUAAUCCAAGAACGGAAAGUUGGAAUCCAAUAGCACCAAUGCUUUACCGAAGAUCCAGAAGUGGAGUCACAGGUUUGGGUAAUUUACUUUAUGUGGUUGGAGGCUACGAUGGAGCAUCAGAUUUAGCAACUGCUGAAAUCUACGAAUACCAAAUUAACAAAUGGACGGCAAUAACUCCAAUGGGUACUAAACGCAGUUGUUUAGGAAUUUGCAGUCACGAUGGAUUAAUUUAUGUUUGUGGUGGUUAUGAUGGAGCUUCUUGUUUAAGUUCUAUGGAGAGGUAUGAUCCUUUAACUGGAAUAUGGAGUUCAUGUCCCGCCAUGAAUACAAAAAGACGAUAUUGUAGGAUAGCUGUAGUUGAAAACUGCAUAUAUGCAGUUGGAGGUUUUGAUUCUUCCAAUUAUCAAGCCACAGUGGAACGAUGGGAUCCCAGAACAAGUUCCUGGAGUUCGGUGCCAUCAAUGAGUUCAAGAAGAUCAUCCUGUGGCGUUACUGCAAUGGAUGGCAUGCUUUACUGCAUAGGAGGUAAUGAUGGAACCAUGUGCAUGGCUUCGGGAGAACGAUUAAACUUAAGACGAAAUAUUUGGGAACCUAUAUCACCCAUGCAAAAUCGAAGAUCAACACAUGAAGUCGUUCACAUCAAUGGUUGUUUAUAUGCUUUGGGUGGUAACGAUGGAAGUUCUUCAUUAAAUUCUGUUGAAACGUAUUAUUCGAAAUCAAAUAAAUGGACGUUAUCGACGAGUAUGUUAACAAGAAGAAGUUCCGUUGGUGCAGCCGUUUUAGAAUGUUUAAAUAUUGAAAAAGCAUUAUUAUCAUGUAAAUCAUAG